UUCAACCUGUCUAUGGAGCACAGCAUCCUCCACUGGAUCCCCGGCUCACCAAAAACUUCAUCAAGGACCGCUCCAAGGCCAAUGCACUGCCUAUGAAAAGCAAGAAGGCCUCCAGCUUUCACGAGUUUGCCCGCAACACCAGUGAUGCCUGGGACAUCGGUGAUGACGAAGAUGAGGACUUCUCUUCCUCCUCUUCUUCUUUGCAAACUCUGAACUCUAAAGUGGCCAAGGCCACGGCAGCCCAGGUUCUGGAGAACCACAGCAAGCUGCGGGCAAAACCCGAGCGGGCCCAGUCCGCUCUCAGCGAUGUGCCCACCAACUGCAAGGUCAUCAAGUCCAGCAGUGAGGCCCAGCUCUCCAGGACAUCUGAGGAGGCCUGUGUGCGGACCCCCCUUCAGAAGCAGCAGUCCCUUCCCCUUCGGCCCGUCAUUCCACUCGUCGCCAGAAUCUCUGACCAAAAUGCUUCAGGUGCUCCCCCCAUGACGGUGAGGGAGAAAACCCGCCUGGAGAAGUUUCGGCAGCUCCUUUCCAGCCACAACACAGACCUGGAUGAGCUGAGGAAAUGCAGCUGGCCUGGUGUGCCCAGAGAGGUCCGGCCCGUGACGUGGCGUCUCCUCUCAGGUUAUCUCCCCGCAAACAUGGAGCGGCGAAAGCUGACUUUGCAGCGUAAGCGUGAGGAGUACUUUGGCUUCAUCCAGCAGUAUUACGAUUCCCGGAAUGAGGAACACCAUCAAGACACCUACCGACAGAUCCACAUCGACAUUCCAAGGACCAAUCCACUCAUUCCCCUCUUCCAGCAACCGCUGGUCCAGGAGAUCUUUGAAAGAAUCCUGUUUAUCUGGGCCAUUCGACACCCAGCAAGCGGCUAUGUACAGGGAAUCAAUGACCUGGUCACUCCGUUCUUUGUUGUGUUCCUCUCUGAGUAUGUUGAGGAGGACGUGGAGAACUUUGACGUGACGAACCUGUCGCAGGAUGUUUUACGGAGCAUCGAAGCCGAUAGCUUCUGGUGCAUGAGCAAGCUGCUGGACGGGAUACAGGAUAACUACACCUUUGCACAGCCGGGGAUCCAGAAGAAAGUCAAAGCCCUGGAGGAGCUAGUCAGUCGGAUUGAUGAGCAGGUACAUAAUCACUUUAGGAAGUACGAGGUCGAAUACCUGCAGUUUGCCUUUCGCUGGAUGAACAAUCUGCUUAUGAGGGAGCUGCCUCUUCGCUGCACCAUCCGCCUCUGGGACACCUACCAGUCGGAGCCAGAAGGAUUCUCACAUUUCCACCUGUACGUCUGCGCCGCCUUCUUGAUCAAGUGGCGGAAGGAGAUCCUAGAUGAGGAAGACUUCCAAGGCCUUCUGAUGUUGUUACAAAACCUGCCCACGAUACACUGGGGUAACGAAGAAAUUGGACUCCUGCUCGCUGAAGCCUACAGACUCAAGUACAUGUUUGCAGACGCCCCCAAUCAUUACCGCCGAUAGGUGCCGGGACUCGACUCCCUCCUCUCCCCCGUGCCCACCCCCUCGUCCUGGCCCGAUCUGAUCACUGUGGCAUUUUGUCGUCCCAAGUCCUCGGACACUCCGGCCAGGAGCUGCUCCUCGCUGUACAAAGCUCACAUUGACUCUUGUCUUAACGUGUGCCUGUCUGCCACUCCCAUGCGCCUGGAUGUGCCACUCCAACGACCGUCAGUAUUUCACGCCGAGCCGGGGAGAGAGGCGUGAAGGGGCUGGGGGUUCGACAUGGGGGGCAGCUUUACAGAUAAACUGAGCUGAGGACGAAGCCCUCCUGUCCUCUCCACCCCUUGCCCUGGGCUUGUCCGGCUGGGACCACCUUGGCUUCGCUGCCUCGUGUUAACCUGCCACCACGUGCGCUGCCCCAUCUGCUCCUCUUCUCUCUUCCGACACUGUUCACUCCAACUCCCAGAUGAAAAUGCCUUAUCAGAGACCCGCCUGGCCGGAAAAAUCCUUCCCCCCAAGGGCAGCAGGGCAAGAAGUUUCUCUCAGGGCCUAGCUUCACUCCGAGGGUCCGGAGACCCCAAGCACUUUGUGGGUUCGCGAGAGAACCCCUCGCACCUGCCCUCUCUCCCUCUCUCCAU